CCCGGGGCCGUCUGGAACGCAAGGCAGGCGAGGGGGACCGGUGCCGGGGUUGCUGGCCCCGCUCCUCCUCCCGGCCGAGCGGGAGCGGCUGCUGCGAGCCGCCUUUCGGGACGCCCCUUUCGGAGGCUCCCAGCGCCCGGCGAGCUGCGCGAGGCUGCGAGCCGCUGGAGUUGGCGCCGCUGCGCCUGCCCGUCCUCUCGGGGCUCGGAGGGGUCCCCGGCGGCGGCUCCCCCGAAGGCAGCGCCGCCCGGCCGCCCCGGAGCUCCUUCUUGGGGGGCGUUUCAGUCCCUGCCCCGGUGGGCAAGCCCGACGCGCCUCCCGCCGAGGAGAAGCGACCGCAGGCGGGGGUUUGUGCCGGGAGUUGGAGGAACUGGAGAAGAGCGAGGCGGCGGCGGCGGCGGCGGCGGCAUCCCCCCCAACCCGCCUUACAAGCAGAGCGAUCCAAAGUUCCCAAUCAGGUUUAGGGAACUUCGGAAGUCGAGGCUGUUUCCCCUCUUAAACAAAAAGGGAAGAUCGAUUAAUUAGAAUGCAACAGGCCAAGUCACACCUGGAUGACAUGUUCCUUUUCUAUCCAGGAUGCCACGCCGUGCCCAUCCAUACCCCAUGAAGACAGCCCUCUGAGGAGCCACAGCUUUACUCCUGCAAGCCUCUCCCCCCCUCUUUUGCAGAGCCGGGAGGCAAAAGGGCAACUCGCCUUGAACCCCCAAAGUGGGGAAAGGGCCGGAGGCAGUCGGGGGUCAGCCACCCCUCUUCGGGAUAACCCCAACAACCUCAAUCUCCCGCCAGCCUUCUCCCUGCUCCCCUGGAGGACGUGCCCCAGUCUGGGUCACUUGGCAGAGGCAGAAGGACACCAACUGCCAGCCGAGCCUGGUGUGAGGACUGACCCCCUGGAGAGGUUCACAUGCCUGGAUUGCCACAAGCCCUACAGCACUUUCUCAGGCCUGGCCCGGCACCAGCAGCAGUGCUGCAAGCUGCAAGCCGCAGCAACAACCAGGUUCUUCAGCUGCAAAUACUGCAACAAGGGGUACACCAGCUUGGGGGCUCUCAAGAUGCACAUCCGGACUCACACACUACCCUGCGUGUGCAAGAUUUGUAGCAAAGCCUUUUCCCGGCCUUGGUUGCUACAGGGGCACAUCCGGACACACACAGGUGAAAAGCCCUAUUCCUGCUCCCACUGCAGCCGAGCCUUUGCCGACCGCUCCAACCUCCGCGCCCACCUGCAGACUCACUCAGAGAUCAAGAGGUAUCAAUGCUGCGCCUGCUCAAAGACCUUCUCCCGGAUGUCGCUGCUUUUGCGGCACAAGGAGGCCGCAUCCUGUGCCACGGCAUCCUGAGGCUGGCAGAGAGAACAUGGCUGUUCCUUAGCAGGAGAAGCUUCGGAUGAGCAAAGAGCUGCAAUCUGGAGGCUGGUUGCAUCCUGCAGCAGGAGUCGCUUCUCUGACUGUGCGUACCUUUGCUCCAAAUAAAGCAGUAAAAGAGUUGUGUCCUCAGCUGAUUUUAAAUUCCUUCUGUGAAUUAUUCUCCUCGUGUAAAUCUACCCAAACAGCACGUCUGGGUGCGACAGCAUCUUCUGGGAUCCAGGAUGGUUUAAUUACUUGAGCAUUAGAGUCCGUGUUCCCCAGCUGGCUUCCUUCCUAGCCCCAGGCUGGAGCUCAGAAACACAAAUGCAUUGUCUGCUUCGAUCUGCUAGUCUUGGCAUUAAAAGAUGCUUGUCUCCCA